AUGUGUGUGUGGACGUGCCCCGUGGAUGUAUUUAACAUUGGCGAAUUCGAUUCAAUGCAAGGAGUCAGAUGCAAAAUGGCAGCCGCUGAGGAACUACCCACCAAGUAUGUGAAGUUGGCGAAAGCGCAGCUUCGUGAGGAUCCCACGAACGUAUCAGCACACGUUGAAGCCCUUCGACGCUGGCUGGCCUCCACGCCUCAUCUUACAUGCCCAGAUGAUGAAGAAUUUCUCGUUAUGUUCCUGCGGCAAAGCAAGUACCUUCACGCAAAAGCGCAGGCUAGGUUGGAUAACUUUUGUACCCUCUCCACCAAGAAGUUCAUUGGUGAUGUCAUCUGGGGAACUCCACUUGACUUGAACUCGAAUGCACUUGACAGUUAUCUCAAUGCAGGCAUGCACCUUCCUCUGGGCUACCUGAGAAACGGGAGAAUGGGCGUAUGGAUUCGGCCAGGUGCAUGGAAUCCCAACGUGUUGUCACUGGCGCAAAUGAUCUACUACGCCUACAAAGUUAUUUACAUGGUUGCUUUAGAUCCGCGAACUAUAAUCGGUGGAACGGUAGUCCUUGUGGACUUCACUGGUAGCACCUCUAAACAGAUCGUCAACGAUCCGAAUGAAAUAAAAUCGUGGAGCAGAUUUUUACAGGAGGCUAUACCGAUGAGACCUCGUCGCAUAAUUUUCUACAAUGAGGAUAAACUUUCAGACACCGUGGAGAAUAUCAUAAUGUUCUACAUGAAGGAAAAGAUAAAACGCCGGAUGUUCAAGUGCGGUCCGGAUAUUGCGAAAGUCUUUCAAGUUGAGCCCAACCUGAGACCUGCACUGCCAUCAAAUGUAGGGGGUGAAGGCAGACCCCUAAAAGAUCUCAUUCAGGCAAACAAGAGGCACUUCCUUGAAUUUUACGGGAAAGGUGAUCCAACAGGAACAAUUAAGGUGGAUGAAUCGAAGAGGCCGAUGUCGGCAUGCGAAUUUCUGCGUGCGUACAAAGAUUACAACGCAGACGUCAUGGGGAAGAGUGGGACUUAUAUCAAAGCAAAUCAGGGUGAAAUAUAG